AAAAGAGGUAAUUUUGACCAAAGGGUGACUUAUUUAUUUUGUGGCAUCUCUUAACUGAGCAACAAUCUGCUAGAAAUUUUGUCACUAUGAUUUCAUACAGAAGCUUAAGUUACUGGGUUUCGUCAGACCGACUAAGUCUACAAAUUGCUUAGUGAUAAAUUUGCACCUAACAUGCCCUCAUUUUUCUUGUCUUCCAAAACAGAGAAUUUACGAGGACACUCCAAAAAAGUUCACAAGCCGAGAACAAAUUACUUGUCAGCUGACUAUCGACUUUCCCAUCGAAUAAUCAACGAGUGGAAUUCACUACCUCAGCACGUGGUUGAGGCUCCAUCCGUCGACUCUUUCAAAAGAAAGUUGGAUCAACUGAGAGACCACCAUUGCCAGGACUAACAUAGGCCAUAGAGCCUCCUGUCCUUCCCAAACUGAAACUGAAACUGAAACUAAGAUCGCGUAGACUGUAUCAUCGAUCCACGUGGUUUUAUAUAUGAUCAACUCUUGGAAUUUAAACCACCACAUACGUAAAGAAAUUUGUCGAUAGUACGUAAAGAUGGUGGAUUCGACAAGCUUGUUUAUUGAGACGAAUACUGAUUGUAAUGCUGUAGGAUCAGCGACAUGGGAUUUUGCUGGACAUCAUGUAGUUUUUUCCAUAUACGGCCCAGAUGAAGCUAAGAUCCAUGAUGAACUUACUCAUCGUGCAUGUGUUGACGUUACAGUUACACCUCGUACUGGACAACGAACAUCAAAGGAAUUAGAGCUUGAAGUUUACCUUAACAAUCUUUUGGAACGUCUGAUUGAUGUGAAGGAGUUCCCACGAUCUAAGUUUACUGGACGUUUGUUUAUCGUCACUGGUGGCACUAAUCAUCCUAGAACAGUGGCUGCAGCCAUAAACGCAAUUUCAUUAGCUCUUCUUUUGUCUGGUUUACCAUUACGAGCAACAAUUGCAUCAGUAUGUCAUACAGUCCAAAAUGCUUUAAUCACAUUUGCAAUAGAUGUAACUCAUCCAAAGCUUUAUACUAAAAAUUAUGGUUCUAAUGAACCUAGUAUAUUUGCUAUCUAUACUGGUCAAACACAUUUUGAAAUUGACAAAACAAAUGGAUCUUCUUUACAUAUUCCAAUUCAAAAUUUUCUUGAUAUGAUUAAAUUACCAGAAUCAAAUGAUAAUAAUAUAAACAUUACAAAGAAUACAAAACAUGAAAGUAUUUAUGAACAAGCUUUAAGUUUACUUGAUGCAAUGGUAUCACAAAUUGUUUCUAAUGUACAUACAUAGUUAAUAUACAUUCUCUAUGAAUCAGUUAUACAAUUUAUUUGUAAAUAUGAUUUCUAUUGUAACUAAUAUUUCUUUCUUUGUUUUCUUUUCUUCUUCAUUGAAUAAUACAUGAUAUUAG